AUGUCAACCAGAGAGACACCACCAGAUUCUAUGUAUUAUUCAAUCUACUUGCAGGCUGUCACCGGUCCGCAGCUUCAGUUUUUUGAUGUCGUGGCAAGCUGGCCCGGGUCUGUCCACGACAGCCGCAUCUUUGACAAUUCGAGGCUGCGGGUCAUGUACGAGGAGCACCGGCUGCCCGGGCAUCUGCUGGGAGACAUGGGCUAUGCAUGCUUCCGCUUUCUAAUGACUCCCCUUGCACAGCCCGUUAGAGCAGACACACCACGGGGCAGGUACAACAAGGCCCACAUAAAAACGCGAAACACUGUCGAAAGGGCGUUUGGAGUUUGGAAGCGGCGCUUCCCUUGCUUGGAUAUGCGGCUCCAGCAUAAGCCUGGUCGCUCUGCCAGCAUUGUGACGGCCUGUGCUGCCCUGCACAACCUGGCAUGCCUGAGGAGGGAGCCGCAGCCUCCACCGCCUCCACCUCCACCAGUCAGGCGCAGGGUCCGCAACAACAGGAGGAGGGCCAGGCGACCGGUACACCUGCCCCCCGUUGAUGCCGUGGAGGACACCCUGACGGGCAUCCAGACUCGAGAGAUCAUCAUUGAGAAAAACUUCACUUAUUAGAGGCUGUUGUCAUGGUGCCACUGCAGCAGGCAGAGAUGGAGGGCAUGCUCCUGCCCUGAGAGAGCCAACCUUCUUCCCCUGGCGACUUUUCUAGGAACACCAUUAACCAUUUGGCCUUU